AUGUCGACCUCACAGUCUGGAAAAGGCACCAAGACCGUGUUCACCUUGAACACCGGCGACAAAAUCCCCGGUAUUGGUCUGGGAACAUGGCAAUCCGAGCCCAACCAGGUUCGCGUUGCCGUCAAGGAUGCCCUUUUGGCUGGCUACCGACACAUUGACACUGCUCUUGCUUAUGGCAACGAAGCAGAGGUCGGACAAGGAAUUAAAGAUUCCGGCGUCCCUCGAAGUGAAAUCUGGAUUACCACCAAACUGGACAACCCAUGGCACAAGCGCGUUGAAGAGGGAAUCGCUUCCUCUUUGAAGUCUCUCGACACCGAUUAUGUCGAUCUCUAUCUCAUGCACUGGCCCAGCUCUUCGGUCCCCGAGGAUUUGAAGAAGCAUUAUGAUGACUGGAACUUCAUUGACACAUGGCGUGAGAUGCAAAAACUCGUUGGUACAGGCAAGGUCCGCAACAUCGGUGUUUCCAACUUUGUCAUCUCAAACCUCGAGAAGCUUCUCAGUGCUCCCUCCACCACCAUCACCCCGGCAGUCAAUCAAAUCGAGCUUCACCCUAACAUGCCCUCACCAAAGACGAUAGCCUACUGCAAAGAGAAGGGAAUUCACGUUACAGCAUACUCCUGCCUGGGAUCAACAGACUCACCACUGGCCAAGGACAAGACCUUGGGCAAGAUUGCGGAGGCGAAGGGCAAGACUCCUCAACAGGUGCUCCUGGCUUGGGGCCUUCAACGUGGAACAUCCGUCAUCCCCAAGUCGGUCACAAAGUCCCGCAUCGAAGCCAACUUCCAACUGGAUGAUUUCGAAUUGACCUCCGAAGAGAUGGAGACACUGAGCAACAUCAAAGAUCGAUUCAAGGUCUGCGGUGAUGCGUGGUUACCCAUCAAGGUCUUCUUCAACGAAGAGGGCGAUGGAGGUGACAGCCCCAGCCAUUGA